UUCUUCUUUUGUUUCAUCAUCCAUAUUGGUCAACAUUAAUUGAAGAAAUUGUCGAAAAAUAAAUAAAUAAACAAAAAUGGCCAAAGUAAACGGAAAUAAAUCCUCGAAAAAGGAUACGAAUCUCGAUGAAUUGAAACAGGAAGUGUCGAUGGACGAACAUCGUAUCAGUUUGGGUGAACUGUACAGUCGUCUAGGCACACAUCCUGAUCAUGGCCUUACACCAUCCCGAGCCAAGGAAGUACUAUUACGUGACGGUCCAAAUGCAUUGACACCGCCAAAGACAACACCAGAAUGGGUAAAAUUCUGUAAACAAUUAUUCGGUGGUUUCGCAUUACUGCUAUGGAUCGGUGCUUUCCUUUGUUUCUUCGCCUAUGCAAUUCAAUCAACGUCUGAAGAAGAACCGGCACCGGAUAAUCUUUAUCUUGGUAUUGUAUUGGCCGUUGUCGUCAUUAUUACCGGUAUUUUCUCCUAUUAUCAGGAGGCAAAAUCAUCGGCCAUUAUGGAAUCAUUCAAAUCAUUGGUGCCACAAUAUGCAACGGUUGUUCGUGAAGGACAGAAACAUACAAUACCGGCCGAAGAAGUUGUUGUCGGUGAUGUUGUUGAAGUGAAAGGUGGUGAUCGUAUUCCGGCUGAUAUUCGUGUCUUCAAAAGUCAUGGCUGUAAAGUAGAUAAUUCAUCAUUGACCGGUGAAUCUGAACCACAAACACGAUCGCCCGAAUUGACUAGUGACAAUCCUUUGGAAACAAGAAAUUUGGCUUUCUUUUCGACUAAUUGUGUUGAAGGUGCCGCAACCGGUGUCGUCAUCAAUACUGGUGAUCGAACAAUUAUGGGUCGUAUUGCUAAUCUGGCUUCCGGUUUAGAAAUGGGUGAAACACCAAUCGCCAAGGAAAUCUCUCAUUUCAUCCAUAUUAUUACCGGUGUGGCUGUAUUUUUGGGUGUAACAUUCUUUAUUAUUGCAUUUAUUUUGGGUUAUCAUUGGUUGGAUGCUGUCAUCUUUUUAAUCGGUAUUAUUGUCGCUAAUGUACCUGAAGGUUUAUUGGCUACCGUAACAGUAUGUUUAACAUUGACCGCUAAACGUAUGGCAAGUAAAAAUUGUUUGGUUAAAAAUCUGGAAGCUGUCGAAACAUUGGGUUCAACAUCUACUAUUUGUUCGGAUAAAACCGGUACAUUGACACAGAAUCGUAUGACCGUUGCUCACAUGUGGUUCGAUAAUCAUAUUAUUGAAGCUGAUACUACUGAAGAUCAAAGUGGUGUACAAUAUGAUAAAAGUUCACCUGGAUGGAAAGCAUUAUCACGAACAGCAUCAUUAUGUAGUCGUGCUGAAUUCAAAGCUAAUCAAGAUAAUAUACCAAUUUUGAAACGUGAAUGUGCUGGUGAUGCCUCGGAAAGCGCCAUCCUUAAAUGUAUGGAAAUUGCUUUGGGCAAUGUAAUGGAUUUUAGACGAAAAAAUCAAAAAAUUUGUGAAAUUCCAUUCAAUUCGACCAACAAAUAUCAUGUUACCAUUCAUGAUUGUCCUGAAACUAAAAGCUACUUGUUAUGUAUGAAAGGUGCACCGGAACGUAUUUUGGACCGAUGUAGUACUAUUUUCAUUAAUGGUGAAGAAAAAGUAUUGAAUGAUGAAUUGAAAGAUGCAUUCAACACUGCUUAUCUGGAAUUGGGUGGUCUUGGUGAACGUGUUAUCGGUUUCUGCGAUCUAGCAUUGCCAUUGGAUAAAUUUCCAAAAGGAUAUCCAUUUGAUGCUGAUGAAGCUAAUUUCCCAUUGGAUAAUCUUCGUUUCUUAGGUUUAAUCUCUAUGAUUGAUCCGCCACGUGCAGCUGUGCCGGAUGCUGUAGCUAAAUGCCGUUCAGCUGGUAUUAAAGUUAUUAUGGUUACUGGUGAUCAUCCUAUCACUGCUAAAGCUAUUGCUAAAGCUGUUGGAAUUAUUUCAGAAGGUACCGAAACUGUUGAAGAUAUUGCCAAUCGUUUGAACAUCCCGGUUGAAAAUGUUAAUCCACGUGAUGCUAAAGCAGCAGUUAUUCAUGGUCAAGAAUUGAAAGAUAUGACAUCGGAAGAAAUCGAUGAAGUAUUACGACAUCAUUCUGAAAUCGUAUUCGCUCGAACAUCACCACAACAAAAAUUGAUUAUUGUUGAAGGUUGUCAACGACAAGGUGCUAUUGUAGCCGUAACUGGUGAUGGUGUCAAUGAUUCACCUGCAUUGAAAAAAGCCGAUAUCGGUGUUGCUAUGGGUAUUGCUGGUUCUGAUGUUUCGAAACAAGCUGCCGACAUGAUAUUGUUGGAUGAUAAUUUCGCUUCAAUCGUUACCGGUGUUGAAGAAGGUCGUUUGAUUUUUGACAAUCUUAAAAAAUCGAUUGCAUACACAUUGACAUCAAAUAUUCCGGAAAUUUCACCUUUCCUAUUCUUUAUCAUCUUCAAUACACCAUUGCCAUUGGGUACGGUCACUAUUCUUUGCAUCGAUUUAGGUACCGACAUGGUUCCCGCUAUUUCACUUGCUUAUGAACAGGCUGAAUCGGAUAUUAUGAAACGACAACCACGUGAUCCACAACAUGAUAAAUUGGUAAAUGAACGUCUUAUUUCGGUAUCAUAUGGCCAAAUCGGUAUGAUUCAAGCAGCUGCCGGUUUCUUCUCAUAUUUCGUCAUUAUGGCUGAACAUGGUUUCUGGGGUUGGAUGCUUUUCGGUUUACGUGAAAAAUGGGAUUCACAAGGUGUUAAUGAUCUUGAAGAUGCUGCUGGUCAAGAAUGGACUUAUCAUGCCCGUAAAAAGUUGGAAUACACUUGUCAUACCGCUUUCUUUGUGGCCAUCGUCGUUGUACAAUGGGCCGAUUUGAUUAUCUGCAAAACACGAAGAAAUUCACUUGUUCAUCAAAAAAUGAAAAAUCAUGUGCUCAACUUUGGCCUUUGUUUCGAAACUGCAUUGGCUGCUUUCCUUUCAUACUGCCCAGGCAUGCCUAUCCUACUUCGACUAUAUCCUCUCAAAUUUACCUGGUGGCUAGUGCCGAUUCCAUUCUCUUUAUUGAUUUUUGUCUAUGAUGAAAUUCGUCGUUUCAUUUUACGUCGCAAUCCUGGUGGUUGGGUCGAAAAAGAGACUUAUUAUUAGACAUUUUUCAAUACAAAUACAAAUACAAUACAAAAAUCCACUUAAUCCAUAUUUGUACACACACACACACACCAUUCACACCUAUCAAUCAAUUACAAAA